UAUGCUGGCCAGUUUUGUGAUGUCAACUCCCCUUUUCUGUCCGCACAGAUCAGAAAAUGUUUGACAUGCUUGACGCAAUCCAGAUUGUGCGGCGGACGGAAAAAUCUGGACGCAGCGGUCUGGGUGCUGUGUGCAUGUCAAGUUGUAAAAUACAAUGUUUAACGCAAGCGCACUUUUUAUGUAUGGUCCGUAUGGAGCCUGUGUGCUUGAGCUCUAGAUCUAAGUAGGAAAAACAGUCACAUACUACGUAAAACUCAGUUGCGCUGCAGGUUGAAAAACCAGCAGUCGACUACCCCUGAGGUCUAACGAAGAAGAAGAAGAAGAAGAAGAAGAAGAAGAAGAAGAAGAAGAAGAAGAAGAAAAAGUGCGGUAAAGAGAAGCACAUUGAAUUAAUAUCUGUCACUUAGUGAUGGGAAAGAGUAAGACAGACAGGUAGAAAUAACAGAAAGAAAGAAAAGAAACAACUGCCAGUGGAGCCAUCCAACCAUGCAUCCAAAAUAAUAUUGCAAAAGUAAAACGUAUGUUAUUGUUGGGAGACUGCUUUCUUGUCUGUGAUUGGGGGUCAUCUGUAAAAGGUGAUCACUGUACUGCGUUGUUUAAAUGUAUAAAUGUAUGUCUUUCUGACUUUCAAAUCAUCAGUGUUCAAGUCAAUGCCGAAAUUCCAUUACGAGGAGUGAGGCAGCAAUAACUGCACUUAUCAUUGGCGGUUUAAAUAUACGGCGAAAGGUGUGACUAAAUGAUACUUCACAAAAUAAAUGGACAAAACGAAUCUCUAGACGAUUCAUUAGCUAAAGAUUGGCCCUGAGAGGCAGGGUCGAAGCAGCACACCUCCUAAAGAAUCUAAAUCAUAUUGAUUGGAGUCAAAAGCAUUAACACUAUACAAUCAACAAAAAAAGGUCUUUAAUAGGUAAUGUCGUGUAUUUUUUUAAACUAGUCAAAGGCCUGAUAAACACUGGUUGAGUCACGGAAGUGGUUGCCAUAGUAUGGAGAUAAACAACUUGCAAAUGCAUAAAUGCUUCUAAAAUGGAUGUUUGUUCCCAAAAUAGGCAGCUAGCACAGGUGCUCCCUGACAGGAGUUGCUGUGUAGCAGAAUGUCAGACGCAGAAGACUUACAUUCGACUAGGGUUUUGUUCCUAUUUUUCAUAGACAAGUCAGUGGGGAUCAGACAGUGUGGGGCAGGUUCAAUCUAUUUCACGUUAUGAUCUAUCCUUUUAGGCUAAGUCCUUUUUUCUGCUUUUGAAAUACUGGGGGGGGGGGGGACAUUAAUUGCUUAUGCAAUAUUGGUGAGUUAGGUCAAUCCACAGAAAGCUUUUUCUGUGUUUAUUUUGAAGUACCUUUUAGGAAAAUUAGGCCUAUAUGAUAAUCCAUGUUUGACCUAAGUCUGACCAAGGACAAAAGGUCAACAACAUGCUCUUAUUUUACCUAGUUUCAAUGUUGUGACAUAAGGUACGACUGGAAUUAUCCUGAUCUAUUCUUAAUUAAUAAAAAUGAGUCAUCACAGUUACUCACAGUAGACUACUUCAGAAUCAUUCCCUAUCACUUACACUUUGUCUUUGUCACGUGAGCACAGAGAGUUGUCCCUCGGGGUCUGAGUACAACCACAAGACGGGAGACUGCACCGCCUGCAGAAUUGGUUUUGUCAGUGAAGAGCUGACCCUGCCAGCGUGCACCAAAUGCCCUCCAGGUUUUACCACGAUUGCAAGAGGGAGUGCUCAGUGUGUACCCCGGCCAGGUAAUGGAUGCACAAUGCCUCUCGUAUUUGUUGUAAAAUGAUUAAUAUUUUACUCCCCCAUCGACACAAUUUAGAUCGGUUAAGGGGCCGGCUACUUCGACCUUGCCUGUCGGGGGCAAACGUGGCUAAAUGGGACACAACGUCUUACCAGACAAAUGGAGAUACUUGGUGAUAAAAAAGUUCCGCUUGGAAGUUGAACUCACAUCUUUUAUGUGAAACGGUGAACCUCACCACAGACGCUGGUAUGGUUCCAGUAAUAAUAGUAUAGCCCGCGUGCGAUAUGAAAGAUGCAAAGCAACAACUCCGAUCAAAACCACGAGAAUGAAAAAGAAGAACAGAAAAUUGUUAUAUUAGCCGUAGUGAUCAAUAUUCUACAUCCUCUAAGCAAUUACAAGCUGAACAUAUUAGCUGACUAUGCCUUACGGUGUUAAGUUUACUCUUUGGAUGUGUUGAAAGUCCCCCCCCCCCCUCCUACUUGGCAAAUGAUUGACCGUAGAUACUGAUAUCGUGGAACCCGUGAAAUUGAACUUCACAGUAUCUACCAAGUUUAUAUUGCGAUGUAAGUAGCUCUUGAAAUGUAUCCGUUCUGAUUAUAGUAUGUUUAUGUCUUUGCCCAAGGUACCGAAACGAAAUAUAAUCAACAGAAUCUCACAGAACAAACACAAUCUACAAGCGCACACAUGCAGAAAGAACAGCAUUGGAAUCUUGACAGCUCCAAGGAAUCUAAAUUUUGAUUAUGAACAAGGAUUCAUGAAGUCAGUAGCCAACUAAAAAAUUAUUAUAAUGUCCAAUAUUGUCUCACGCGAGUCACUGUUAACAUUAAUACGAUAAAAUGUCCAAACAAGCACGUCUUUUUUCCUUUUGUUGGUUGAUUAAAUGAAGUGAUCACUGUAAUAAUUUUAGUAUAGACACUUAUAUUGGGAUGACAAUAACCACUAUAAAAGGUUUCAUUCUUUUAAGGCUUACAGACAGAUCAAUGUUUUACAAUUUACUUGAGGCCUCAAAAGAAUGAGGUGUGUUGCAAUAACAUUAUUUCUAGCUAUCCUGUUUAUUCCCAGAUGAAGUUGAAGACAAAACUGUAAACCAGAUUGAUCUCAAGAUGACCCUCAUUUUCCAAUUGGAAUCGUGUGAAAAUAGACCAGUCAUGGAUGCAGCUAUUAAAAGCGUGAUACUCUCGUUCUUUACAAGUCUGGCAGCUCAAUGGCCGUCCAUCUGCCACACGGAUUGUGAAAACGUUCACUCCAAUGUUAUACAAGACUGCUACUCCACCAGGAGUAAGAGAAACUCCCAGCCCUACAGUUACUAUGCGAUGCCGCCGAAACUGUUGCAAGUGGACACAGUGGUCAUGGACAUUCCAGAGGAGAUCAACGACACAACCACGGUGCGACUCUCCAAUAAAGUUAUCGAAGAAUCGCUACUUACCGAGGACGUGUUUCAACAACUGUCCAAAUAUGGCAUAACAUUCCAAACCUUGAAAACGCUGGAAACGGUUAUCUUGUGUGACCCUGGUCUGGUUGCAAUGGAAAACAUCUGUACCCAAUGCCCAGCCGGUCACUUCCACAACACAACGUCCAAGGCUUGUGAGAAAUGUCCUAUAGGACAGUACCAGCCAAAAAAAGGACAAGUGGGCUGUGAAAUCUGUCAAGGCGCGGCCACCACACGAUACAGGGGAGCAGAGUCUAUGGAAGAAUGUGUCUCCCCUUGCAAUGCCAAUCCUGACAUGUGCCAUAACGGGGGGAGAUGUCUGUGGACCGAGGCGGACAGUGUCCACGUCUACUGCAGCUGCCUGCCGGGCUACGUAGGGGACCGCUGUCAGCUGAGAAGAGAACAUUACACGGAUAUCGGCACCGUCAUUGGUGCUUCGAUUGGAGCUGUGGUCAGCUUCCUCUUGUUGGUGCUCAUCGCUGUGGCUUGCAUCGCUUGUAUCAGAUACAACGAAUUCAAACGUCAGGCAGUAAGAAAAAGAGCUCGUGAAUCUUCGCGAUUUGCGUACCCGUACCUGCAGGUCCCGUGGAUGGGAAUGACGUCAGCCUCCCCCAGGGGCGUGAGACUGGUGGAUUACGUGGAUUACUUCACAUGGCACCAGGAGGCUCAGGGUAGGCAUGUGGCGCCACCUGUCUAUCAGCCCAGAAAACCCGCCAGGAAAACGUCACCUUCAAACAGUUCACGACCUUUUUUUUCUCAAGAUUCGAAACAAAUAUUUAAGUACCGAACUCCUCUUUCUUCCCAUAUUCCCCAGGUAACAACAAUAUCAUCUAAUAUGGCGGCCACUGGUUCUGGGGAUUUGAGCUCAGACAGUGGGAAGUCUGGCACUGAGCUCAUUUACUAAAUUAUCAUACAUGCACACACACACACACACACACACACACACACACACACACACACACACACACAACCAUAAUAAAAGAAUUCAAUGAAUCGACGGACACAGAAACACAAACAUUUUCUCGGUUUUUUUUUAGAUAAACUUCCAUGUAAAAAUCUUCAAAAAUAGAACUCGAAGAAGGUUACCGUUUUCUUAAAGAAAACGUUGUGGCCAUUAUAUCCGUUCUUUCGAAGGAUGUCGGUGUUCCAUUCCAGAUUACUCGGGGAGUUUAUGAUUAUGCGGUUCAGUUAGGAGGGGGAAAAAGAAGAAAUGAAGUACAACACAAGAUUCUUAACUAAAAAUAUUGCAAAACCAAAUGGCGGCCCUUAUGUAUAGGAGUGUUUUUCAUAAAAAAGGGGUGGGUGGAUGGGUGGAGUUUGGGGUGGGGGUCUUCAUAGACAAGUGGGUUUGG